AUGCCACCCCCGGAUUGUUCGCGGCGACAGAUUGCAGCGAAAGCAGAUGGCUGUAGAGCCGAUCUUGGAAACGUACCGAUCACACUAGACGAGCUCGAAAUCGAUUCCUAUUUCGCAUCGCGCCCUCGUACCGAAGGCCCAAGCUCUACUCAAGAGAGCGUGAUUGUCACGUGGAACGGAGAGGAUGACCCCAAAGAUCCAUACAACUGGCCCCUUUCGAAGAAAUGGCGCGCCACAGGCAUUGGCUUGCUUGCGAGCUUUGUCUGCUCGAUGAAUGGGACCAUCCUAACUGUGGCUCAUACGGCCAUCGGGAACGAGUUUCACAUUUCCGAUGCGACGUUCCCCAAUACCUACUGGCUAACAACAUCUUGGGGUAUCGGGGCCGCGCUGUGCCCGCUUCUUCUGUUUCCUGUGAUGGAGGACUUUGGCGUUCGACCUGUCCUUCUGACCACCUAUUUUUGCUUUAUUUCUUUUUUGAUUCCUGUAGGGCUGGCACCGAACUUUGCUACCCUGAUUGUGGUUCGAUUCUUCAGCGGAGGAUGUGUUCCGCUGAUAAGCGACGCCGUUGCCGGUAUUACAUCGAAUGUCUUUCACGGCGAUCGAGCCCGGAGUGUCCCAAUUUGUCUGUACGUGACCAUCUAUCUGGCGGCGACAAGUCUGGGCCCGGUGGUUGGCUCUGCCAUCCUGCAAUUCCUGUCAUGGCGUUGGAUUGGGUACAUCGAACUGAUCUGGACCGCUGCCCUAUAUCCGAUUCUGAUCUUCGGUCUGCCAGAAAGCCGCGGGCCGGCGAUCUUGCGCGCUAAGGCCAAACGACUGCGCCGCAAGGGGACGAACGCGUACACGACCGAGAAGAUUGAUCGGGUAGCAUUUCCUCAGCUUAUCCUGCAGAGCGUUCAACGGCCUCUGUACAUGCUAUGUACUGAAGGGGUCGUGUUCGUUGCGACGGUGUGGGCUGCCUUCAGCUUGGGAACAAUCUAUCUUUUUACGCAAUCGGUCGAGCAGGUAUACAAAAAGCUAUAUAGGUGGGAUCCCAUCCAGUGUGGAUAUGUCCAAGUUGCGAUUGUGAUCGGGGAACUCCUGGGCGGUGGAUUUUGCAUCUUAACCGAUCCCUGGUACUAUGCAUCUGCGACCCGCAAUACCGAGGCACCGGGCACGCCGAUCCCGGAGGCUCGGCUUCACGCAUCGAUUAUUGGUGGACUCUUUGGUGUCACGGGCGGCAUGUUCGUGUAUGGGUGGACAUCGUACACUUCCAUACACUGGAUGGCACCCACCGUCGGCCUGGCGAUGGUGGGGUUUGGGACGACGGCCGUCAUCGUUGGCAAUGCUAACUAUCUCAUCGACGCGUACAGCAAGUAUGCUGCGAGCGCUCUCGGGGCGGUGGGUUUCGUCGAGAACAUCUCUAUCGCCUUUCUCCCUCUGGCCGCAGCAGCCAUGUACACGAAUAUUGGAUUUCAGUGGGCCAGCUCGCUGCUUGCAUUUGUGUCCUUGGCCCUGGUGGCGACUCCUUUUGUGGUCCUCCAAUGGGGCAAAGAGAUCAGAUCUUACAGCCCAUUCAUGCAGGAGGCCACUGUAGAGCGGACGAGAGACAGUGCCGCGGCCGCAGGUGUAUAG